AUGGGUCUGAAAAAGAGAAAAAGAUUAAUUUGCGGAAUGUCACGAAAACAUCAAGAACAAGAUUUACAACAACGAUUCGGCUUUUUGUCAAGAAUAGUAAAUCGCAUAUGUCAUCGUAAAUUGUAUCUUAGACUUCCUAAUGACGAUGAGUGUGAGGGAAUAGACCUAGAAAUAGUGGUCGUUUUUAGCAAUGAUACUACAAAGGCUACAAGUAAUGACGAUGUGAUAAUUGAAUAUUCGAGUGUUGAAAAUGCCAUUCGAAUUGUUUUUAGUCACUUUACUUCUGAUAAAGUAGACAAAGGAAUAGAGUGCUAUUUCGCAAAUAUUCCUUACGUUAUCCGAAAUAUCCACUUGACAACCUUGCACGCAUUAUAUGAUAUAGAUGUGUUAGGUUGCCCUGAAGGGAAAUUUGGCGGAAAUUGUCAAUAUGAGUGUUAUUGCCAGAACGGAGCAACAUGCCAUAUCUUCAAUGGUGCAUGCAAAUGUACCACUGGAUGGAAGGGAAUAGCCUGUGAUAUAGUUACCUCCAGUGUAGUGUUUACUGCACCUAUUUUCUACUCAUAUGUCGGCCGAGCCUUAUCAUUCACCUGCAAUUUCAACCACCUAAACGCCUCUGAUAUUUAUGAUAGAAGCUUGCGUCACAAUGACAAUAUUCUAGCAGAAAAUACAGUGCAUUUCAAUAAUGAUACACGAAUUCAUAUCUGGGAUGAAUAUGACAGAGGAUUUGGAUUAGAAUUUUACUUCGUUGCUGACCAACAUGCUGGAACAUAUGAAUGUAAUGUGGUUGACAUAUAUGGUGAUGUGUACAAAGAUUACACGACUCUGAUAGUGACAGGAUGCGAAAAUAAUCGUUGGGGUGCAAUAUGUGAUAAAACUUGUAAUUGUGAAAAUGGUGGUAACUGCAGUCGUAAAGAUGGUUGUAUUUGUAGCCAGGGAUGGAAUGGAACAUACUGCACAGAAGAUGUAGGAGCACCGGAAUUUGUGUUUUGUCCACAGAACAUCACGGCAUUAUUAGAUGAAGGGUCGUCGUCUACUAAAGUUACGUGGCCAAAGAUUGAAGUCAAUGACAAUUCAGGACUGUUUAAUCUCACAUCAAACCAUCAAGCAGGAGAUAGAUUCAUCAUAGGAGUACACAACAUAUUGCACACAGCAGUAGAUAAUCAUGGAAAUACGGCCAUAUGUAGAUUCAGUGUAAAUGUGGACGCUGCCAAUAUUGGAACAAAGAAAACUGUUAUUGUAUCAUUAAUUGUGACUUCACUACUUCUGGUUGUGUUAGUUACUUUUGUUUUUGUUGUAUGUCUCCGAUACAGAAAGAAUAGACUAAUGUAUCCAUUACUAUUUGGUAGAUCUGAAGACGAUGAUGAUAAGGAAUGGGAUGCAUUUGUAGCUGUAAAAGGGGGUACGGAAGAGGAAACAUUUGUAAAUAAAGAAUUAUUGUACGAAUUAGAGGAAAAUAAUGAUUAUAAAGUAAACAUUCAUCAUAGAGAUUUCACUGCAGGAAUACCUAUCGUUGAAAAUAUACUUUACGCGAUUAAGAAUAGUCGACGGACUAUAUUGAUAUUAUCUCCAGAGUUUGUCCGAAGUGAAUGGUGCAAUUAUGAAGUUGACCAAGCUAAAUUUGAAAUGUUCGGAUUACGUCAUAAAUUGAUUCCAAUAAUGUUCGAAGACGUGACACACAUGGGUGACGAAAUGUCUGCUACUUUGAAAUCCAUUUUAGACUCCAUAAACUAUCUUACGUGGCUCAGAAAUGGGUCUGAAAAAGAGAAAAAAGAGUUUUGGAAAAGAUUAAUUAGCGCAAUGCCACGAAAACAUCAAGAACAAGAUUUACAACAACGAAUCGGCUUUAUAUCAUGUAUAGUAAAUCGCAUAUGGAAUCGUAAACUGUAUCUCAGGCUUCCUAAUGACGAUGGGUGUGAGGAAAUAGACCUAGAAAUAAUGUGA